AUGGGGUUCGAGGUCGAGGACGACGAGGACGACUUCUGGGGGGACGCGACGACGUUCGGCGCGAUCGACUCGCUGUGCAAGCAAGCGGAGGAAGCGCACGAGAGCGGCGUGCCGCUCCCGUCGCUGGUCGGUGCCGUCGGGAUCUCCCCGCCCGCGGCGACGACGAACGGAACCGCGGGUGGGGGGGGUGCCCGAACGUUCGACGCGUCGUAUCCUCUGCACCCGCCGAGCGCGGGCGGCGGGCCCGCGCCCCUCGGCGGCGGCGGGAGCGGGAUGGGCGGCGACGGAGGGGGACAGUACGACAUCGGCGGCGGCGGCGGCGGCGGCGGCGGCGUCAUCGGCGACGUCCAGGACAUCAUCAAAGCGAAAGACGAUCUCAUCGGGCAGAAAGAAUCCCACCUGAAGAUGCUGCGCUCGCGGUUGGAGAUGUCCGAGCGCGACACGGACGAGAUGAAGCGGAAGCUCACGGUCGCGGAGUCGAAAAUCGCGGCGGCGGCGACCGCGGCGGGCGUGGGAGCGGCAUCCGGCGGCGGCGGCGGCGGAGGAGGAGGAGGAGGAGGAGGAGGAGGAGGAGGAGGAGGAGGAGGAGGAGGAGGAGGAUGGAACGACGGGCGUCGACACCAUCACGCGGCGGCGUCGUUUCACCAAGGUCCGUCGCACGCGGAGGUAUCCAACGCCGCCGCGCUCGCGGAGACGAAAGCCGAGCUCGCGCGGCUGCGCUCACAGGUCGCGUUCAAGGAGGAAGAGGCGGAGGAAGCGCGACGACGCGAGGACGACCAGCGGAGCCGGCUGCAGAGAGCGGAGGCGGAGAGCAUGCAACUCGCGGCGGAUUUGCGGCGCGAACGACGGAGAGCCGCGGCGGCGGAGGCGGAGGCGUCCGCCGCGACGGGAGGGGGUGGCGGCGGGGGCGGGCGCGGCGGCGGCGGCAACCCGAAACGGACGAGGAACGACCGCGGCGGCGAGGACGACGACGGCGAGGACGACGAUCGCGGUGCCGGGCCGUCGAAGCGCGCGCGAGGCGGCGCGCGAUCCGAUCGCGAUCGCGAUCGCGGCGACGACGGCGGCGCGGGGGCGACCCGCGCGGCUGCGACGGCGCUGCCGCCGCCGCCGCCGACGCCGCCGGUGGCGUUGGUUCUCCCGCCGCCGCCGCGGCAUCUCGCGCGCGGCUCGGCGUGCGGCGCCGCGUCGUCGAUACCUUCGCGGUCCGCCGCCGGCGGCGGCGCCGCGGCGUUCGCGGCGAUCGUCGCGGUCGCGGCGGAGGACGUCCGCGGCGUCGAAAAGCGCGCGGAAGAUGGAACGUCAACCGGCGCGUCCGCGAGCGAGAAGACGACGCACGCGGCGACGUGUCGCCUGCGGGAUUCGCUGUGCGCGCUCGCGUCCGAGCGCGGCGGCGUCGCGGGGGUCGUGGCCGCCGCCGCGAGGGCGAUGCGCGCGCACGCGGCGGCGGCGACGGCGGGGGGAUCGGCGGGCCCCCCCUCUUUCGCCGCGGCUCCUCACGACGCCCCGCGCGCGGUGCUGAACGUCCUCUCCGCGAUCGUCCGCCGCGACGACGGCGACGCCGCGCUCGUGCUGCGCCUGUGCCGCGACGAUUCGAAUUCGAACUCGUCGGAAUUCAAAUCGUCGCGAUCGAGAGGCGCGAGGGCGCCGCGGCCGCCGCCGGCGGCGAUCGCGAACGUCCCCGGCGCGUCCGGCGUCGGCGCGCUCGUGCCGCACCCCGCCGCGGUCAGCGCGCGCGUGUACGCGCUCGCGCCGGAGGCGUCCGUGGCGGACAUCACCGCCGCCGCUUCCGCGGCGGCGGCGGGGGAUGCGAACGGUCACGGGAUGCGAACGGACGCGGACGAAGCGAACGGUCGCGCGGCGCCGCCGCCCGGCGCGUUGCUUCGCGACGCGCUGACCAUCCUCGACGCGAGCAUCGCGCGCGCGGACUGGAACGCCGCGGCGGCGGCGGUGGAGUUUUUCACGCGCGUCGCCGCGGCCGCGCCGGUGAUGGGCGACGACGGUCGCGGCGUCUUCGUCGCCGUCGCGUCGCGCGGCGCGCUGGAAAAGUUGAUCGCGCGCGGCGGCGGCGAGAGCGGUUCUGGCGGCGGGGGUAGUUGUAACGCUUCUCACGGGAACGUUACAAACAUAUCGAUGGGACCGCCCGCGUCGCUGCGCGUCUCCGCGCUGACGCUCGCGCGGAUGCUCGCGUCCACGCGCGCGUUUCUGGACGUCCUCGAUCGGUCCGCGGCGGCGGGAGGGAGAUCCGGGACCGGCGGCGCGGGGACCGGCCCGGGCGACGGCGACGGCCUCGGGACGGUCGCCGCGACGGCGUCCGCGGGAACGGCGCCCGCGACGACGACGGCGAGCGCGUCGGACGAGGGCUGCCCUCUGAUGCGCGCCAUCGUGGCCUGCCUCGGGGAGGAGCCGCCGCCGCCGCCCGCGGCGGUCGACUCGACGUCGUCGUCGAAGUCUCCGGCGGCGCCCACGGUGUCCGACGCCGCGCUCGUCGUCCUCGCCGCGCUCUCGCACGCGGGCUGGGACGGAUGGGCGCACGCGGUGAGACACCACCGCGUCUUAUCGCACGCGGCGACGGCGGCGGAGGCCGCCUUCGGCGUAUCCCCCUCCCCGGGGGACGCGAACGCGAACGGUCGCGGGAUGCGAACGGACGCGACUUCCGCGGCGAAGCACGACACGCGGCGGUUGAAAUCCGCGCUGAUGUUCCUCGCGCGUCUCUUCGCGGAGCCCGGGACGUCCGCGGCGGCGGCGUCGACGUUGCGGCGGGAUCGAAGCGUCGCGCGGCGGCUGGCGAGAAUCGCGAGGUCGGCGGAGGCGCACCCGGAGGCGAUGCCACGGCGGGUGGGGAAGUAUUUCGCCGCGCUGUUGGAGACGACCGACCGGUGA